GAAGUCACAAACAUUGCAUCUGUAGUCGACUCCCACUCGCCGGGCAGCACAGACAGGGCAUUAUGUGGACGAGUACCAGCUGGUACCACGGGCUCCUCAUCCUCCUCCGGGACUUCAUUUGUUGGUGGCUCUGAAAAUCAGGACAUGGAACUGAAAUCGAAGAGCAAACCUGUGAACGUUCUCCUCGGAUGUGUCCUCGCCGUCUGCUUUUGUACAGUUUGCCCGGCUGAAAGAAUUUGCACGGUUCCUCCGGGCCCCAUCACGGUCCCAGAAAACAACACGGCCGACGUCCAGCUGGUGAAAAUCACGACCAUCAGCGAUGUAACGCUGACCGUCACGGUGAACCCCGAAGACCUGUUCUACCUGAAAGGAAACGCCCUGAUGGUGAAGAAAGGACUCGACUAUGAGUCACUGUCCAGUACAACUCUGGUGGCGUGGGUGCAGUGCAAAAAAGUCGGCUCCAGAUCUGUGAACGAGUCCGUCGAAGUCCUGGUGGAAAACGUGAACGACAACCCGCCAAACUUUGCGCAGAACCACUUUGUGCUAGAAGUGAACGAGCUCACUGCAGUCAACACCACCGUUGGACUGAUAGAAGCAACAGACGUCGACUCAGAGCCGCUGUACUAUCGCUUAGAGUCUGCAACAGAUAAAUAUUUCCGCCUGGAAAACAUCAACAGUCCAAAGAUCCUUGUUAAAAGCCUCCUGGACUACGACGUCGUGCAGAAGAUCUCUCUGGUUUUACAUGUGCAGGACACGUUCAACGGUUCGGCCUCCGACGAGCCCUUCUUCACGUCCGUGGCCUCGAUCACGGUGAACGUGAAGGACGUCGAUAACCGCCCGCCGUGGUUCCAGCCGUGUCUGAGGACCAACCUGGGCCUCGCCAAACUGUGCGUGAGCACCGGCUACAGAGGCAAAGUCAAUCUCACCGAGAAGGAGGAAGGGCCUUUAGUGCUGGAGCCCGGUCCGGUGUUCGCCAGGGACGGAGACAAGAACAGGAGUGAGCAGAUCAGCUACAGAAUACUCAGAGGAAAUGAGGGAAAUAUUUUCCAGAUUGACGAGGACACGGGGAACAUCACCAUGGCCAAAGCAGCUGACAUCGUUGGCCCAAUAACUCUCACCAUUCUGGCGUCACAGGUGACCAACAGGGAUCAGUUUGCCGUGACGCAGGUGAUCAUCGAGGUGAUGAAGAAGAGCAGGAACCCUCCUCGUUUUGAGAAAGAACGAUACGAAGGAUUCAUCUACAGCAACUCCGUCCCCGAGAGCAUGAUCCUCCGAGACCGGAGCACCAACCGGCCCUUCAGGGUCCGAGCCCGGGACGAGGACUUUGCCGUUGGUGUGAAUCCAGAUAUCAAGUAUGAGGUUCAGUACAGCAGCUACGUCAACGUGACCUCGGACGGUUUUGUGAUCCUGAAGAGAGUCGUGAAGACGGAGUCCUUUGCCCUUCAGCUCAGAGCAGUGGACGCAACAACAGGAGAGUUUGGAACAGCCGCCCUCUCUGUUCAGGUCAUACCAGCGGUGGCCACCCCGUCUCCCUCAAACAUCGGCUACCGUCCGGGCGACAUGGCGCUCCUCGGCCUGAUCAUGGCGGCUCUGCUGGUCCUCUGCCUCAUCGUGAUCGGCUUCUUGAUUUCCCGUUUGUGGAAGGGAAACGGCAGCAUGGACAAAAUAUGUGAGUGCCUGGGCCCCUGCCUGAAGUCUGACCAGCACCGGUCCGGCCACAGGGACUCCCUGCAGUACACCAACGACGGCUUCCAGAACGAGGCCGACCAUAACCGCGGGGGUGGCAGACGCUGGAACAACGCUCUCCCCAGACGGAGCACCUUCCCUCAGGCACGAGGCCGUGUCAUCCCAAUGGAAAGACGGAACCGCCACUGCUCCACCUGCGGCGUCUACACCAACCACGUCCCCAAAGGGAGCCCCUCGGGGAGAGUGUCCAGGAGGAGCAGAGAAGACGGGGAUGACUAUGCCACGAGGUCGAUCCUGGCCAAGCAGAGGAGGAAGGAGGGCCAGAAGACGGUGUGGUUCAAGGAGAGCGAGGACUCCUCUGACAUCGAGGUGGAGAUUAUCCCAGACACUGUGGGCCGGGUGGAGGAGGAGACUGAGGAGGAGCUGGAGGUGGAGAUGGAGGGGGUUGUCAGAGACCCGGCUGCCCCACUGAGAGGAUCUGAUGGCGGGCAGGAGGAGCCCGGCGAGGAGCAGGACCACGGAAAUACCGACUCAGAAAAAACGAAGGAAAGCCAGGAGCAGGAGGGCUGACGGCGGAGGUCAGAGGUCAAACUCGAGUCGGAGACGAAACUGAGCUGUUUGUUUUCUCGUCACUUUUUGGAGACGGCAGCUUGAAGCAGAGGUCCACGCAGGACCAGGAUCCUCCAACAUGUCUGGAUACCUGCCAAACCUCGAGAAUAAAGUCAAGGAUCCAAAAAGUAUUUAUGUUCUGCUGUGAGUAUCUUAGAGUAGAGAGUAACUUUAUACAACGUUUAAAAGCAUACACUUGUCUCUAGUGUUGGCCUCGUACACACUCUGAGAUGAGAUUUUUCUAGAACUUGGUGACGACAACUUGGCUCUUAGAUUAGUAGUCUUGGUAAAAUACAUAAAUUUAUAACAGCAACAUCGCUACAACAGGAUCUAACGGGACAAAAGACACGAGCAGUUACAGAGGAAACAAGUUGCAAACAAACAGCAGGAUCGAUGAAGAGAGGAAAGGCUGAACGAUGAGUAUGAAAUCAGGAGAAACAGCCAGCCUGACUCUGUCCAAAGAGGGAAACAAAUCCACAGUUAACAUCUAAUCUAAUCUGUCUAAUUUGUACUCAAGAAAUGUGAAAAUGACUCUUUGUGUUUAAGUGUCGUAACUCGUGCAGCAUGUCUCCUAAAAAACAUUUUUUAUGUUGUGUAUGUUCGUUUUUUUUAAAACUUUGGACCGAGCCAGACUAGACAUUUAUUUAUGCGACUCCAAACACACGGUUUACCUGAACAACAGCAACAUUUCAGGUGUGCACACCUGCAGUUUGUGAAAUUGUUUGUUUAAAAAACAGCAUUUCCCAUGAGUCCACGAGAGAGUCGAGUGUCCACAUGUCUGCAGCAGGGAGCAGGGAGAGUUGUAGACAUGUCACACAACCAAAAUAAAUACAGAUAAACUGACUUAAGUGAUGACGUAAGUUCCCACGCUGCCGUGCCCUGAAGAUUUUCAUGGGAUUUGUAGUUUUCCUGCACUCACAAAGUAACAAAUCCAUGUUUAACUUAAUUACUAAAGUUUCCACUUCUCAAAGAAACUGCUGUAAUGAAUGCUGAUCUGUCGAGAAGCUAGACGUAAAUAAAGUCAGACAGCAGGUGCACUACCUGACUUCAUGUACUGCUGAAUGUUGAGACGUGUUGAUGAUAAAAUGCUAAAAAUAAAUCAGUAUACUGUUGUUAUUGUUGAGGACAAAUGCUGCACCGACGCCUCCGUUCUAGAUAAACUGCUGGUUUGUUUACAACUUGACUGUCUGACGUCUCCAUGUCCUCAGAUCUGUGUUAAUCUUGGACAAAACUACUCAAACGAGAUCCAAGUUGUAACGAAGCCGCCUGUGGGCAACGUUCCAAAUCAGUUAACAGGGUUGCUUGAUACCAGUUUGUAAUAAGGCAUCCUUUACGAGGGGUUUUACAGUUUCAACGAGGGGCACGACUAACUUUUCACUGCAGAUUAUGUUUCUUAAUGAAUCAAGUCAUUGUUUUGUCUGUGUCACAAUCUUCUAAAGCCCAACUAACAUUCCAAAACUCAAAGAUACGUUAAAUUAAUUACAAUAGCAGAUGAGGAAGAGGAGCUGAUUGUCACAUUUGCAUCAAAAAAGUUUGUAGUUUUUAAAUUAAUCUCUUAAUCUUAACUAACUUUAUUGCUUGAUGGCUUUAUUAGGUGUUAAUAAAUCAUUUAUUAAUGAAAAAUAAUAAUUGACCAGCUGGUACAUCAUUAAUUAAGGGGCAAAGGUUAGAGAGCCAUCAGUUAUUAAUAAAGAGUUAUAAAUGUUAAGUUGUAAUGCUCUGCAGCUCGUUUACCAUCUAAAGAGGUAAAAACAACGUGCAACCGAUCUAUAAAGCAUUAGUAGAUGAUUUAUUAACAAAUAAUAAACACGUUAUAAAGGGUGCCUUAUCAUAAAGCGGUAACAAUCUUGAUUUGUCAGGUAUUUCAUUCACUUGUUAAGUCAAGAACAAACAUUCCCGUCUGGUUAUUUUGUUUACAAGUAGUUUCUUCAUUGAAUUUUUUCAGGAAUUGUUCUUCACAGUUUACAGCGCAUCGAUUUCACCACAUGAAAUAACCACGACGGGAGAUUUUAUCCACGUUAGCCACACCUAACGAGAGAGUCAGCUGACGACACGAGUCGAGCAAAGGGCCAAACACACAAACACACAAACACACAAACACACAGACACACAAACACACAGAAUGAAUGAUGAUGAGUGAUUUCUGUCUGCGGUGAACGAGCUCGCUGCAGUGCUGUGAUGAUUUCAGCCUCAUCCCGUCUUUACUAAACUGAACCAGAAGUGUUUUCUCUGAUUUUAUAGUGAGAAAAAAAAAAAAAGAAUAUGUGAAGACAAACUUUAUCUACUGAAUACUAAAACAGCUGAGACGAUGUUUUUACGUGGACUGUAUUUUAUUGAGCAUGUUAAAGCAAAAAUAACGACUUUUAUGGAUAAAUCUAUGGUUUAAUGUAUAGUUGACUUUUUGUACAUUAAAGUGAUGUCGAGUGUUCGAGGGAAUAAUAAAGUUUGAAAGGAUUUGUCGAGUCUUUGGGUUUCGCCUCGCUGCUAAAUUCAUCUUUCCUAUCUGUCCGUUUUGAAGUUACAGCCAGACAAAAACAACAGCUUGUGGUUUCAUCCAGGGUUUGCGUUGCUCUAUUUCUUGGCCAGUAGCAGCAACUUCCUGUCUGUCGACACCAUAAAGCUGCAAUAAACCCAACUGAGAUUACAGGAAGUCACUGCAACUGGCUGUUGUUGAGUUUUAGAGGAGCUGGUGGGUGGAUUUAGUCCAUUUGGACAGAACCAGAGUAGCUGGUUUGACCCGUUUCCAGUCUUGCUAAAGAAGAAAAGAAAUGAAACAUUCCCCAAAAUAUUCAAAAGUUGUACAAAGCUCAAAGUCUCAAGUGAUGUCACUUGAGUCAGUGUUUUAGCGUGGAGCGUGCAGACCUCCAAAGCUGCAGGAUAGGAGCUGGAGGCAGCACAUGGCAACUUGAUACAGUGUCUGCUCAGUGGUGCAUGAAGCCAAAAAAAGUUUAAUCUCCAGGUAGAAAAUUACCCCGAUCUUCCGCAUUGUGACGCCUGUAGAUCAGGUGUGCAAGAAACCUUUGCUGGCCAAGGCAACAACUUCCAGUCUGGCUCUCUGCUAACUUGAAUGGGGAUAAAAGUUAGUCGUGCAGCUCUUCUAGACUUUCCGAAAGUUAUCGGACAAGAUCGUCUUGCAGGGGUUGUGA